UGAUACUUGUGUGAGAGUGGUCAUUUGAAUGUUUUCGAUAUUUUCGCAAACAAAUGCGUGUAGUUUCUCACAAAGUGAUGGUCUGCGUUAAAACCCAGUUUUUUAAAUUCCAUCGAAGUCUUUUGCUUUUGCUUGGCUUAUGGCCUUAUGAACAAACAAAACUUGUCCAACUUCAAAUAAUUUUAGUUUUUAGUAUGCUGAUUAGCUGUGUUGUAUACCAGUUUAUGGCACUUGUGUUUGCAGAAUAUACUUCAUCUGAUUUUAUCAAUAUUUUUUCUAUCUUAUUGUAUUUCAUUAUGUUUGUUACUUCAUACAAUUCUUUUCGGUUUAAUAUUAAUGAUAUAAAAUGGUUAUUGGAUUAUCUUCAGCAUAUCUGUAACGAAUUGAAAGACAAAGAUGAAAUCGCUAUUAUAACAAAGUAUGGAAAAAUUGCAAAUUACAUUACGGCUCUGUUUAUAUUGUUUCACAUAUUCAACAAUACUGUUUUUUUGUGUGUGGUGAGUUUACUGUAUCAUAUCGAUACCGCCUUGAACGAGUCUCAAUUACAUCAUAUUAAGCAGAGCCUUUUCCCUGAUUUUUUCGUUAUUUCACAUAAUCAAGUGUUUUUAUUAAUGCUAUACUUUGUCGGAGCUACUUUUAUUGGAGGGAUUGCUUUGAUAACAAUUAUGACGAUGCUCCUGGUAUACCUUAAAUAUGGCUGUGGAAUGUUUAGAAUUGCCAGUUAUCGUAUUGAAAAAGCAAUGACAGUAAAUAUGCUGAAAAAUAUUAAUUUUGAAAACAAGAUUAUAAUUUAUAAGAAAAUAAUUCAUGCUGUAGAUAUUCAUCGCAAAGCUAUCAAGUUUUGCACACAUGCUGUUACUAGCUUUCAGGGAACGUUACUAUGUUUGAUAGGAAUUAGUGUAAUUUGUUUGAGUGUCAAUCUUUAUAAAAUUGCUGGAACCAAGAAUGAAAACGAUAUCAUACAAUAUUAUAUUCAUAUAGUUUUGAUAGCUGGAUUGUUUGUAUUCUUGUUUAUAAUCAAUUAUACCGGACAAGAAAUGAUUGAUUGUAAUAAUCACGUAAUGUUUACCGCGUACAAUAUUCGGUGGUAUAUAGCACCUUUGCACGUACAAAAGUUGAUACUGUUCCUUCUGCAAAGUGGCAGCAAAGUUUUUAAUCCAGCUUUUGGUGGAAUAUUUACAUUUUCCAUCGCAUUUUUUGCCACGUUAACAAAAGCAUCGUUUACCUAUUUCUCCGUUAUGUGUUCUAUGCAGCAUUAACGUGAAAAUAUAUUGUUUGAUAAUAUAUUAAAAUUUACGUUAGAACAGCGUGAACGAAUAGCGUUAGCUAAGCUGGAGGAAGGAGAAGGAAGGCUUCUAAAAAUUACAAAAAGGAAAAACGAAAAGAAACAAAAUCCUACGAAAAAUAAAAAUUAAUAUUUUUUAAUUAUAAAUAAAAAUAAACGUAAUCUUUAUUGUA